AUGAUGGGAAACAGUAUAUCGGUCCGCAUGCUCGAAUACCUCAGCACAGUGAAGAACCAUCCUCAUGGCUUUCGUGAACUUGCCAUGGACUUCCUCGAUAUUUGUCGUAUCCUCUGGUCUAUCGAGGCCGGCCUGACCGAGGCAUCUCGUACCCACAACCAGUUUCCGAGCGACAUGGUGCAGGAGCUUGACAAGAAAUUUCGGCAAACCAAUGACGACUUCAUUGUUCUGAACCAGAUGCUUGUCAAGUACUUAGAAUACGAGAAGAAAGGCGGCUUCGCGAGACUUCAAAAAGGAUGGCGCAUGAUGUUCGCCGACACCAACAUUCACAAAAUGAGAGAGUCUCUAGCCAAAAGUCGAGAUGCUUUGAGAAUGAGCGCUCUAGUCUUCAGGUGGUCUCUUGGAGAUGCCAAGGCGAACUCAAAUAUCGGCAUUGGCUAUACUGGUCUAGCUGCAGCUCUUGAGCGCAUGAACACUACUCGGCCAACAACCGUAAUCCCUCCAGUCUCUGCGCCCAUUUCAGAAAGAGACAGCGCCGUUGACAUGGGCCCUCACUCCUUACAUUCCCGCUCGCCACACUCGACACAUGAUGGUCCUGAGCUACCUCCACAACUGCCGCCGAUGUCAAUUCUGGAAAGGACAUCGGCAUCCGACCUCAUUCGCGACACAACCCAUCACAGUGGCGCAUACCCUGAACGCCAGGGUUCAAGGCUGGAGUCGAGGUCUAUCGCCAGUACACGAUCCAGCAAGGUGAUGCAGCCGUCGGUGUCAGCCAGAGAAGUCUCUAUUCGGGACGCCUCACUCAGGGAUGUUUCAGUCCGAGACCAUCGCUCAGCAUCAAGGAACGGGAGCCUUCAACCUGAGGGUACCAUUCGUGACAUUCGUGACGAUCAUGACGACCUUGAUGACAGAGCUUCAAUCAAUACCACGGAGACAGAGACACUGAUUGAGGACAUGAUCCAGGAGCUCGAGCUUAACGACAACACUGCACCAACACAAGUCACGCGCAUCAAGGCCGAUCUCACCACGGUACCUCGCUGGACACCAAGGCACUCGUCUGGAGCAAAUUCCGCGGGCUUGAGGGCUGCUUUGAUGAACGCCGUCCACCAAAAGAAGCACAAGAUGAUCGAGCAGUUGCUUGAUCGCGGCGUGCCACCGGACACUGGCCCGGAAAUCAACAUCCUUCGAGAAGCUGUCCUGAAUCGCGACCCAGAGACAACAAGAUUGCUUCUGCUGUUCGGCGCAGAUGCGAACGGCUUUGACAAGGAUGGUUUCACACCGCUAUACUCUGCAACGGAGCUAUCUUUCCUUGAGGGCGCGAAGAUGCUGAUCAAGUACGGUGCUGAUCCCAACCUCUCCGCCGGCCCAGAGUCUGAAUCGCCUCUCGCCAUGGCGGUCUCUGAAAACAAGCUUGAAUUUGUCCAGCUGUACCUCAUGUAUGGCGGAGAUCCGAACCAUGUCAUGGCCAACGGCAAUACAGUCUUCAUCAAGGCGAUGAACAAGAGCACACCAAAGAGGCUCGUCGAGCUCAUGCUGAACUACGGCAGUGACCCGAACGGCAAGAACGGCGAGGGCAAGUCGCCCCUGUUCGAAGCUAUCUCGGUGCAGCGUGUCGACCUCAUGACGGUACUUCUUGACCGUGGAGCGAACCCCAAUCUUCCCGGACCAAAGCAUCUGCUUUGGCCGGCUGUCUACCACCCUCAAUGCUUGAGCCUGCUUCUAUCACGAGGUGCUGAGCCUAGGAAGUGCCCGGGCAUCAUGGAGCUGGCAACUAGCAUCAAUAAUCUCGAGUCGGUACGCGUCUUACUCAAAGCCGGUGUGAACCCGAACGCGAAGAAGGACGGUGUCUACACGCCGCUUUGCUCCGCAAUCCGUGACAAUCGCGGCGAGAUUGUGACGCUACUGCUCGCGAACGGCGCGGACCCCAAUGUCAUGGCUUCUGAGUAUCCUUGUUUCAAGUGCGUCACGCACCACCGUGCCCACCUCCUACCACAGGUCGUGGCAGCUGGUGGAGAUCUCAACAAUCCAAAGGGCAUUAUCGAGAAGGCAGUCGAGCACAACAACAAAGAGGCUCUGAUGUACCUCCUCGACGCCGGCGUCAGCCCUAAUGACAAGGCGCCCGAGGGUUUCACUCCGUUGACCACUGCCAUUCGCGAGGACCGCGGCGAGUUCGUCGAUCUCCUCUUGGCUCGCGGUGCCGACCCUGCUAUUCGCGGACAAGACUGGCCGAUUUGCAUGGCAGUGAAGCGUCCAAACAUCCUGAAGAAGCUUCUGCCGUCUGUGGAGAACCCGCGCGCCUUCAAGGGUGUCAUGGAGAUGGCAGUAGUUGCUAACCAGCUCGAGAGCAUCAAGCUUCUCCUACAGGCUGGUGUCAGCGUGGAGGACAAGAACGGUGGUGUGUUCUCGCCUCUCACCACAGCCAUCCGUGAGGAUCGCAAGGAGAUCACCCGCUUCCUGCUAGAAGAAGGCGGUGCCGACGUCAAUGCUCCGGGUGAGCAUCUGCCGCUCAUCAAGGCCAUUCGCCGCUUCCGUGGUGACACUGAGUACAUUGAAAUGCUCCUAGAGCGCGGCGCCGACAUCAACCUGAUGUAUCGGGGCUGGAACGCCGUGCUGCAAGCCGUUGAGAACGGUGAUGCCCAGAUCCUUAAGCUGCUGGUGGAGAAGGGCAACGGCGUCGACCUGCAAGCCAAGGACGAGUCAGGCCGAACAGUCAUGGAGGUUGUCCAGAGCCGAGGCUGGGACGAGGCCGUAACCAUCUUGCUUGGUAAUGGUGCGGAUGCUCGGCGGUAG